CUGUGCAGUUUUAGAAUGGCUCGCUUUGAAGACGAUCUCCCGACCCGGUAUGGAGGCGGUGGCUCUCCAGCGGGUCAAGGCAGAGGGGCAAGCCGGCAGCCAGCCCCCCCGGUCGGACAAAGGAUGUAUAAGCAAACAAUGGCCCAAAGAGCCCGGACAAUGGCUAUAUACAACCCGAUACCCGUCAAACAGAACUGCCUCACAGUCAACCGAUCCCUUUUCAUCUUUAGCGAAGAUAAUAUUAUUCGGAAAUAUGCAAAGAAAAUAACAGAGUGGCCUCCAUUUGAAUACAUGAUUCUUGCCACCAUCAUAGCAAACUGCAUAGUUCUGGGCUUAGAGCAGCAUUUACCUGCAUUAGACAAGACCCCUAUGUCAAAGCGGCUGGAUGACACAGAACCCUACUUCAUUGGAAUAUUUUGUUUCGAGGCUGGGAUCAAGAUCAUCGCCCUAGGCUUUGCUUUUCAUAAAGGCUCCUAUCUUCGCAAUGGGUGGAAUGUAAUGGAUUUUGUUGUCGUGUUAACAGGGAUUCUCACCAUAGUGGGACCAGAUUUCGAUUUGCGGACACUCAGGGCAGUCAGAGUCUUGCGGCCACUCAAACUGGUGUCGGGAAUUCCCAGUCUCCAAGUGGUUCUGAAGUCCAUCAUGAAGGCCAUGAUACCUCUGCUUCAGAUAGGUCUUCUGCUCUUUUUUGCUAUCCUCAUGUUUGCCAUCAUCGGGCUAGAUUUCUACAUGGGGAAGUUUCACCGCGCCUGCUUCAGAAACGAUACCGGGGAACAGACAUCCGAAUUCCCCUGUGGGCCUGAGUUACCAGCGCAGACCUGUGGGGGUGACAGCAUAUGUCGAGAAUACUGGAUUGGCCCGAAUUUUGGCAUAACUAACUUUGACAACAUCCUGUUUGCUGUGCUCACUGUUUUCCAAUGUAUCACUAUGGAAGGAUGGGUGGAUAUCCUUUACAAUGCCAACGAUGCCUCAGGGAAUACCUGGAACUGGCUCUACUUCAUCCCUCUCAUCAUCAUUGGCUCUUUCUUCAUGCUCAACCUUGUUCUGGGGGUUCUUUCAGGGGAGUUUGCAAAGGAGCGAGAGCGUGUGGAGAAAAGGCAGGAGUUCCUGAAGCUGCGCAGACAACAACAGAUUGAAAGAGAGCUGACUGGGUACCUGGAGUGGAUCUGCAAGGCAGAGGAAGUUAUGCUUGCUGAGGAGGAUAAAAAUGCAGAGGAGAAUGAUGAUAGUGCCUGGUACAAGAGGAAAUGCAACAACCCAGUAUUAAAGAGAGCAAAAAAGAGCAAAAAUGACCUUAUCAGCGCAGAGGAGUGUGAAGACCAUUUCACAGACAUCUCAUCAGUCGCUCCCCAGGGUUCUCCAUUCACCCGUACAAGCGUGAAGAGCAGCAAGAACGAGAGCUCGUCGUAUUUUCGCAGAAAAGAGAAGAGGUUUCGCUUCUUCAUUCGUCGUAUGGUGAAGGCCCAGAGCUUUUACUGGACUGUACUCUGUAUAGUGGGAUUGAACACACUAUGUGUGGCUAUAGUCCACUAUGACCAGCCCGAAUGGCUCACAUACGCUCUGUAUUUGGCGGAGUUUGUGUUUCUCGGUCUGUUUCUAAUAGAGAUGAGUCUAAAGAUGUAUGGCCUCGGGCCCAGGACCUACUUUCACUCCUCAUUUAACUGCUUUGACUUUGGGGUGAUUGUAGGAAGCAUUUUCGAGGUAAUCUGGGCAGCAGUAAAACCAGGAGCUUCUUUUGGCAUCAGCGUGUUGCGAGCAUUACGUUUGUUGAGGAUAUUCAAGGUUACCAAGUAUUGGAACUCUUUGCGAAAUCUGGUGGUAUCUCUGCUCAACUCUAUGAAGUCCAUCAUCAGUCUCCUGUUCCUCCUGUUUCUCUUCAUUGUGGUAUUUGCUCUGCUGGGAAUGCAGCUCUUCGGUGGACAGUUCAAUUUUGACGACGAGACCCCGACUACCAACUUUGACACAUUUCCUGCUGCUAUUCUGACAGUGUUUCAGAUCUUGACGGGAGAGGAUUGGAACGCCGUGAUGUAUCAUGGAAUUAAAUCUCAGGGAGGAGUGCACACGGGAAUGUUCUGCUCCGUGUACUUUAUUAUCCUCACGCUGUUUGGAAACUACACCUUACUGAAUGUCUUUUUAGCCAUUGCUGUUGAUAACCUGGCUAAUGCACAAGAACUUACCAAGGAUGAGGAGGAACAAGAGGAGGCCAUCAGUAAGAAAUUGGCUUUACAGAAAGCCAAGGAAGUAAAGGAGGUCAGCCCUAUGUCGGCCGCUACCAUUUCCCUGACAGCUUUUAUAAGGCCAAAUCCUGGUGCUCUUUCAUGCAGUUCCUCCAACUCCAGCUCUCAUUCACCGAGUUAUGUCUGCUCCCCUGCACAUCACUAUUUGAGUAAGGAACAGCAACGAUCCCUAAAGAUGAUGUCCGUGUGGGAGCAACGCACCACCCAAAUCCGUAAGCACAUGCAGGCCAGCAGCGAGGCAUUGUACCAGGAGGAGCUCCACCCCCGUCUAACUUCUGAACUUCACCUUCGCCCAGACAUCAAAACUCACUUGGACCGGCCUUUGGUGGUGGAACCACGUUGUGAUGGCCCCGUAAGCCCCGGGACAGACUGGGACAAGGCCCAGAAUUUAAUGGGGGAAGUUGGCACACCAGAGGAAAGAGAUGCCCCUAUUAUCGAACCCCCACUGUCCCACCCACCACGCAAGCACCACCGUCACCGGGAGCGGACCUCCCAUGAGACCAAUGAAAAUGGUGACACUGGCCAUGGAAAAGAAGGCAGACAUCAUGUUCAUCACAGUCGCAGCAAAGAUCACGAUGGUACCCGAUAUAAAGAGGGAAAGAGUGACAGGAGCCGGAGCAGAGAGGGAGGCCAUCGACAUCAUCACCAGAGCUCGGUGGAUGAAGGAGUUGGGGAGAAGGAACAUCGUCAUCAUCACUCCCACAGACAUAACAGGGAGGGCAAUGGAGUGAUCAGCACUGGGGGCAAGUGUGAAAGGAGGUCCAGGCAUAAGGACGGCUCACGUUCAGGAACGAGGGAAGGGGAGAGGUGUUGCAGAGGGGAGAAUGGAGGUAACGGAGGGAAGAGGAGGCACAGGCCCCGCACCAGUAAAGCUCAGUCCACGCUGGAGGGGGAGGAGGAACAAGUAAAUGGAGAGAAAGAGGAGGGCAAGUCGCAAAGCCACAGCUCCAGACACAUGGACAUAGGAGGAGAUUCACUGACUGUGGACCCCCAUCAUCCCCCAGUCGGCAACAGGUGGUGCCUUAAGAAACCAGAGGAAUCAGACAACAAGCGGAACAUUGAUCAGACUGGAGGAAUGGGACCUCACAUUCCUGUAACCAUCACAUCUCCACCUGGAGAGACAUUGCUAAUACCAAUGAACAGUAUAGACAGUGAGAGCGCGCCCAUGACUGAAAAGAAUCUGGAGGAUCUAAACCAAAGUGGCCCUCGUCCCAUCCUCCCCUUCAGCUCCAUGUUCAUCUUUAACCCAACCAAUCCAGUAAGGCGUCUGUGCCACUACAUAGUGAGUUUGCGAUACUUUGAGAUGUGUAUCCUGGUUGUGAUUGCCAUGAGCAGUAUAGCUCUGGCUGCUGAGGACCCGGUCCAUGCCAAUGCAGCUCAUAACAAUGUGUUGAAGUACUUGGACUACGUCUUCACUGGUGUUUUUACAUUUGAGAUGAUCAUUAAGAUGGUGGAUUUAGGUUUAUUGCUGCAUCCCGGUUCCUACUUCAGAGAUCUGUGGAAUAUUUUGGACUUCAUCGUGGUCAGUGGUGCGCUGGUGGCGUUCGCAUUCUCAGGGACCAAGGGAAAAGACAUCAACACCAUCAAGUCCCUGAGGGUGUUGCGAGUUUUGAGGCCCCUGAAGACCAUUAAACGUCUGCCAAAACUGAAGGCCGUGUUCGACUGUGUGGUGAACUCGCUGAAGAACGUGUUGAAUAUCCUCAUUGUUUACAUCCUCUUCAUGUUCAUCUUUGCCGUCAUUGCUGUGCAGCUCUUCAAGGGCAAGUUCUUCUACUGCACAGAUGAAUCCAAAGGCCUGGAGAAAGACUGCAGGGGGCUGUUCUUGGAUUAUGAUAAGGACGAUGUGGCGGCUCAGCCCAGAGAGUGGAAGAAAUAUGAAUUCCACUAUGACAAUGUGCUUUGGGCAUUUCUCACUCUCUUCACCGUGUCCACUGGAGAAGGCUGGCCCACGGUUUUGAAGCAUUCUGUGGAUGCCACGUUUGAGGACCAAGGUCCCAGUCCAGGCUACCGGAUUGAGAUGGCCAUCUUCUACGUUGUCUACUUUGUGGUCUUCCCCUUCUUCUUCGUCAACAUUUUUGUGGCCUUAAUAAUCAUCACAUUCCAGGAACAGGGUGAUAAAGCCCUGUCAGAAUGCAGUCUGGAGAAGAAUGAGAGAGCCUGCAUCGACUUCGCAAUAAAUGCCAGGCCGCUGACCCGCUACAUGCCACAGAAGCAGCAGUCCUUUCAGUACCGCAUGUGGAAGUUUGUGGUCUCGCCACCUUUUGAGUACUCCAUCAUGAUCAUGAUUGCCCUCAACACUGUGGUCCUGAUGAUGAAGUUCUACAGGGCACCUGAGUUUUAUGAAGCAAUGCUGAAGUAUCUCAACAUCGUCUUCACUGCUCUGUUUUCAAUGGAGUGUGUCCUCAAGAUUAUCGCUUUCGGACCCUUGAAUUACCUGAAAGACGCCUGGAAUGUGUUCGACUUUGUGACUGUGCUGGGAAGCAUCACUGACAUCUUAGUCACUGAGAUUAAAGACCGUUUACUGAAUCUGAGUUUUCUGAGGCUCUUCAGAGCAGCCAGACUCAUCAAACUUCUUCGGCAGGGAUACACCAUUCGCAUCCUGCUCUGGACAUUUGUCCAGUCUUUUAAGGCCCUGCCUUAUGUUUGCCUUUUAAUCGCCAUGCUGUUUUUCAUCUAUGCCAUUAUUGGAAUGCAGGUGUUUGGGAACAUCGAGUUGAAUGAAGACACCGCCAUCAAUCAUCACAAUAACUUUCGCACUUUCCUCCAAGCGCUUAUGCUGCUGUUCAGGAGCGCAACCGGUGAGGCCUGGCACGAGAUCAUGCUGUCCUGUCUGAGCGAGCGGAUGUGCGACGAGCACUCGGGGACCCAAGGGAAGGAGUGCGGCAGCGAUUUUGCCUACUUCUACUUUGUGUCCUUCAUUUUCCUCUGCUCCUUCCUGAUGUUGAACUUGUUUGUGGCUGUCAUCAUGGACAACUUUGAGUAUCUGACACGUGACUCCUCCAUCCUGGGUCCUCACCACCUGGAUGAGUUUAUCCGAGUAUGGGCGGAGUAUGACCCGGCCGCAUGUGGCCGUAUCAAGUACCGCGAUAUGUAUGAGAUGCUGCUCCACAUGUCCCCACCGUUAGGUUUGGGAAAGAAAUGUCCUCCACGAAUCGCCUACAAGCGGCUGGUGAAAAUGAACAUGCCUAUUGCAGACGACACUACUGUGCAUUUCACGUCCACCCUGAUGGCUCUGAUCCGCACCGCCCUGGAGAUCAAACUAGCGUCAGGCAUGGUGGCCCAGCGUCUGUCAGACGCUGAACUGAAGAAGGAGCUCGCCACAGUCUGGCCCAACCUGUCUCAGAAGACUAUGGACCUGCUGGUCACGCCACACAAAUCCAAUGAGCUCACAGUGGGAAAGGUGUAUGCAGCUCUUAUGAUCUUUGAAUAUUACAAGCAGAACAGAGCCAAAAGGAUUCAGCUGCAACAACAGCAGCAGAGAGAACAGGCAGGACAUGGAUCUCAGAAUAAAGUCAGUGCUCUCCUAGAGCCCAUUCUUCCUUUAACCCACAUGCAAGAUAAGACCAUGAUCAGUGUAGAUUCCACCAAACCCAGCUCGACCACGCUCAACGGACGCACACAUCUUGACAACACCAUUAAAGGAUCUUUAUCAUGGGCCUCAGAAAAGGCAAAGGACAUCCCUAAAUCUAAAAGACGGCCAAUCUCGAGGGGCCAAUCAGAGGAAACUUCAAACGCAAACACUGCUCAGGAGUCAGUAGAAAUGAGGAAGAUGGAGAACAGUGCCAACACACCAAUUUCUGCCAACCUUGAGGUCCAAGGACGUGCAGUAUCUAUGCCAAAACUCAACGCAGAGAUGCAGAGGAGUCAUUCCCGUCAUUCUCCUGGAACUUUACUGGAACCCAUUCCAGAUUCGCCUAUGAGACGCUCGGCGUCCACUUUUGCACCCCAGCGCCCUCAGGAGGUCACUAUGAACGACUACACUGUGGAGAAACCCGUUCACGAACGACAUCACCACCAUCACCAUCAUCACAGAUGUCACCAUCGAAGAGAAAAGGAUAAGAGACAGAGAUCCCUGGACUGGUCGCCGACCGGUCACCACAAGGCUUCAGGCACGGCGGCUGACCCCGUCGAGGAGAGGGUUCACGACCGGGGUCGUUCUCACGAGAGGAAGCACCAUUCGUCAUCAGCAGACAGACAGCGGUAUUACUCCUGUGAUCGCUAUGGCAGUCGAGAACACUGUCCUAGCAAGAAUGCUGUGGCAAGCUGUGCCACCUCACCCAACGAAGCCCAGGAGGAAAAUCUUAACAAGCAGGGCAGCGGGUGGGCUAAAGGAAGCCCAGUGUUGUUGACCUCAGGGGCAAGCACUCCAAGUCGUGGGCGCAGACAGCUGCCCCAGACCCCUCUUACUCCUCGCCCCUCCGUGGCCUACAGGACUGCCAACUCCUCCCCUGUGCCCUUUCUUGGCUCUCAGACCGGCCUGCCUCCCCCGAGUCCCGGCAGGUUAAGCCGCGGGUUGUCCGAGCACAAUGCCCUGUUACACAGCGGCUCCGUCUCCAGCCUGCCGACCGCCGUCAGUCGCAUUAACUCAGAACCUUUCCUGGGCCCUCCGGAUUACACCGCAGGCCUCCAGCCCGAAGCGUAUGCUGUCUUCCAAGAGGAUCCGAACCCUCAGACAAGCCGGUCUCCUAGGACUGUAGGGAUGCCGAUUGUGGCGAUUCCUCCACCUCCACAACAGCAGUUCAGGGGGGUGCCAAACGGAUACCACUUCACCACGGGCUCCAGCAGAGGCAGGGCACGGCAGUACUACCCAGAGGCGGACGACUGGUGCUAGGAUGGUUUUAUCGUACACACUGUUUUCUCUUUUUUUACAAUCAUGAUGAGUUUUAUCAUCUCUUACGUUGUGGAUGAUGUUCAACAGAGUGUAAAUGUUUGUGUACAUGUAUUUGUUUUCUCACUGUUCAUAAAAUGUACGCUGACCGAGCAGCAGAUGUGAGAUAAAAAGGAAGAAAUCGCCUCCCUUUUUUUAACUCACAAAUUUACGAUUUAAAGUCCAAAAGCCCGACUGCACAUACAGUACAUGAACCACCUGACUUGUCACACUGUCGAAAAAGCAGAUUGUUCAUAUCGCUGCAGAUUUAACAAAUCCUAGCACAUAUCACUGUGUGUGAAAUCUUUAGAAAUACCAUAGUGUACUUUGUUAUAGAUUAAAUCGUUGUAGAUAUUUUAUCCAUUGAUUUGUAUUGUAUAGAUGAACAGUUUUACUGUACGUAAAUCGCUUAUGGCUUCACCAUAUUGUCAGGUCUAACAGUUUUUAUCGACUGCUCCAGAUGUUAUUACAAAGUGCCUAACUUUUUGAAUAUAUUGUAGUUGUGAUGCAACCUCAGCCUUUUUAGUGCUUCAACACUAGAGAGAGUGAACUGAACAAGCUGUAACCGAAACUACAAGGUGUUACGAUCGCAAGCCUUAAAAAAGCAGAUACAGUACAUUUGAUUUCACGUUAUAGGUUUUGAAUGGUAACGAGAGAAUGAUCGCUUUCGUUUUUUAAUUCUUCGAUUGACUUUUUGUACAAUUUUAGUACUCGAUUGAAAGUUGGAAAUUCCAUUACCAAAAGCAUAUAUUAGUAAGGGUUGACUAUAAAAAACUGCAGUAGUUGUAUAUUUGUCCUGAUGAGACUUUAUAACCACAGUUAUAAAAAUGCAUGUUAAAAAAAUAGUUUUCAAUCUGAUUAACUGCGGUUAUCGCGAAUGCAACAUUUACAAUGUACAUUUCCCAUCCCAAUGAAGAUGCACAGCUGAGACUAUGUUGCUGUUUCCCUUUUGUUUGAUUACAUGCAAAAAUGAGAAAUUGACUGAAAGCUGAAAAGUGCUUUGCUUGUGUAGCAGGUUGUUUGAUGUGAUUGUGUGUUGAGUUGUGUUGAGUCAGGGUCCUGGCACCAGUACAGUGGGCCGGUCUGUGUUAAGGUUAAACUUUCCCCUCCAUGGCACUCCUCCAAGCACCCAUAUACACACUCGCAGCUUUCAUUCUGCCGCCGUAACCCACCUGCCGGCUGUAUAGAAAUAUGGCCGGAUCGCUUUUAUCAGUCUGGUAAUAUGAGAGGAAUAUUUAGCCACCUUGACCGCUGAAUAGAGAAGGUGUGGCUGUCAAUGACAGAAUAAGCUGUUGUAUUGGGACGCUGUUGAGGAUGUGAGUAAUAUCAUUUGUUUUGGGCGAAUGAGCUCUCUCCAUUAUUUUACUACACUACAGUAAAAUCUCGGUCCUUUUCCUCAUCAACUGGUGUGUCAGGACCGCUGACAGCAAAUGCAUUUUCUUUGAAACUUUGUUUAUGUAGGGCUAUGCAACAAGAUGACACUUUAAAAACAUGUACUUUGUUCGUUUUGUAGCUUUACCUGCUGGGAAACCCAGAUUCAGGCUUUAGCAUGGUAGUGACCAAAUCUUUUUCAUAUAAAAAUGUCGAAAAUGUAUAUUUUAGAAUGCAUAAAGGCACAAUGAUUAAAAAGCAGAAAUCAGCAAAACACAAAUAUAUUACAAAAAUGCAAUGUUUAUGUAUGUGCAUGCACCAGAGAUGUCAAGUUUGUCAGGGGAAAUCAUUUCCAAGCAACAGUCUGAACAACUGAUAUUUUUCUACACACACUGUGGGACUGAAGGAUGUGCUGAACAUUUGCUGCUGCUGAUGUUGUUGUUGUUGCAUUGUUCAUGUGGCACAAAUCUUUGCACUGCUAGCACAUCCAUCAAUUGUUCGGCAUUGUGGAUCAAGACUGUGAUUCUGUCGAUAAACUCAUUACUUCGGCUUCCCUUUGAUUUGGAUAAACAACAUAUUAUUCACCCACCAAAUGUAUUGCCAAAAUCGGACUUGCUAUGUUCCCCUGCACCAUCCAAGCUUAACGUGGCUGUUUCCUCGGAAAGAUUAAUGUUUGCAUGGUCUACAAAAAAUGUAUGUGCAUGUUGAAAUACCCAUGGAUUAUCUUCAUACUUUUUGAUACGGUGUGUUCUUUUUUUGGUUAGAUUUUUUUAAAACGACCUUUGAUAUGAAUUGGGGAAUUUGAUGAAAAGCAAAAAAUAAAAAAGUUUAUAAAUAAAAGAGAACAGUAUUGAACUAUCUUGACAGCUCUGUUCAUGCUUACGAGCUGGGACUUUCUUUAUCUGCUACCGACUGACUGUUUGUUGCCCGAUUUCUGUUUCAUGGCCAGACUUUGAAAUCUGCAGUUGUUUCUACUACACCAUUUUGUAUGAAGCAAAGUCCUUGAAUUAAAAAAAGUACUUUUAA